CCUCAGAAACCUGACCCAGCCAAGAUGUCUGGACGCCAAGUGAGUCGAUCCAACACUUACAGCCUUUUGAGCCAUCCCAGCAACGCUUCCUUUCCUCCCCGAACUCCAGGCUGGAUGCAGUACUCCAAUAUGAACAAUGUCAAGGGCUCGAGUAUCCGUUUCCCAAGUGGCUCUGAGUUCAGCACCCCCAGCGGCCCCUCCGAGCAGUCCUUCGGCUCUGCCUCCACAAGUCUUCAAAAGAGGAGAAUCUGCAUGGGCCGGCCCUAUAACUCCAGGUGUGUAGAGACCAGUCACCUGGUGAAGGGCCCCAAGGUGGCCAAAAAGCCCGCUUCUCAACGCAGCAACCCCCAUUGCCUGCUCUGCACAGACCGUCCAUCAAGCCCCUCCAGCCCUACCUUCCUGGACCAACUCAUCAAAGGCAUCAACUACCUGGACAGAUCCACCAACAUUUUCAGCAGCAGCUACCCCAAAGCUCUGAGCUUGCCUCAGCUGGCGGCCACCUGCCUGGAACGAGCUGCCAACUCGCUCUACCUGGACCCAGUGGACCAGGCCCCACCCCGUAGCUAUUCUACUCCCAGCACAAACAUAACCACUGCCUCCCAUCACUAUCCAACCUCCAACCGGGACACCAGCUCGCUGCAGUGUGUGGGUGGUCCCGCUGGCCUGAGCUGCCAACACCAGGUUCAUAACCAGAGCUUCUCUGCCGAGAUGCCUCAGAGGCCAGGUGUAAAACUUCCAGAGAUCCCUCUGUUUGGCAAUGGGUUCUUUUCCUUAGGUCGUCUGCCCAAGGUCUGGGAAGCAAUACACUCCGGAUGGAAUGCCCCCGAACCCACCUCUAAGCCCGAGGGCUGGUGGUGA